ACCAUUGGAAAGAGACUUGCUGCUGUCAAUCUAGAGAACAAUGAGACCAACAGACAGAAGUACAGACUUGCGGCUGUCAACCUAGAGAACAAUGAGACCAACAGACAGAAGUACAGGCAGCUACUUUUCACUACCCCUAACAUUGGAGAGCAUAUCUCUGGAGCCAUUCUUUUUGAGGAAACUUUCAAUCAGUCUAGCACAGAUGGCGUGAGAUUUGUUGAAAUCCUCCAGAAGAAUGGUGUCAUUCCUGGAAUCAAGGUCGAUCUUGGUGUUGUUCCACUUGCUGGAACUAUCGGUGAGACAACCACUCAAGGUUUGGACAACCUUGCUCAGAGAGCUGCUGCCUUUAAGAAGGGAGGAUGUGGAUUUGCUAAAUGGCGUUGUGUACUGACGAUUGGUCCUCAUACCCCAUCUCACCUUGGUAUGCUGGAGAACGCCAAUGUUCUGGCUAGAUAUGCUACCAUCUGCCAGGCUAACGGACUAGUCCCUAUUGUUGAGCCU